AUGCUCUACACAUCUCAUCCUGCCCCCUGGCUUCCUGCCCCUGGCCCCUACCCCUGGCCCCCUGCACAAAUGCACCCGCCACUCCUGCCCAGUUCCUUACUUUUGCGUCUCUUUGUGGAACCCGGGGCUCAAGUGACAGCGAGCUCCGAGCCGUGGACAACGAACAGCUUCCAGUGUGCAGCCGACAGGGCUCGGUGCAAGGUGUCUGUGGAAAAAAUCUGUUUCCUUUUCUCGGCCCACUUCGACAAGAGUAACGACGUACAAAAAUUGACUACAACACGCUCUGUGAUGACAGUGAUUGACAACACCUUUGCGAAACUGCAAGAUAUGAAUUCCCGUUUGCAAUUGAUUUGGCUGAUGCUUGCGGUGGGAGCGAUCGCGUCCUCGUCAGCCCUCCGAUGCCUGCACUGCUCCAACUGCAUGAAGACGGCUGACACCUACCACGACUGCGACGAUAGCUACGAUGUGUGCAUGAAAAUUAACGUGGCUGGUCGCGUGGAAAAGAGGUGCGGAUACAGCUGGGCUUGUGGGCUCGGGGGCCUGGAGAGAGGCGCCGUCAGCAUGUGGAACGCCAUCAAAAACUCCGUCAGUGAGAGCGACCAGCAGGCAUCCGACGCCCAGCUCAUCUACUGCUGCGACAGGGACUAUUGCAACGCCGCCGCGCCCGCGUCCCUGAGUUCCGCCCUCCUACUGGUGGGCGCCCUUCUCGCUUACGCGCUGGCCUAGGAACAGGGUCGGAACAGCUGUUAAAUUUGGCACUCUCUCUCUCCGUCUGCCGCCUUUUCUGUCAGCCUGUGUCUUUACUCACAUUUUCUCUGUGUUUCCCUUUCAUUCAGCGGUCUUCCUGCUCACAUUGUCUUUCGUUCUUUCUCUCUGUCUUCUUGUCUAUUGGUCUGUCGGCUAUUUAUUAUUAGAUUUUAUGUUUCUUGUUUUGUACAAGUUAUGUGUUUACAGUAAAAGAUUUGUAUUUU